UCAAUUGUUAAAAUUUCUAAACAAAAAGAUUUUGCACAUAUGUACAUUUUCAUCCGUGUUUUUCCACAAAGCUAUACAUAUUUGUAAAUAAGCCUAACAACGGUAACUUGACAACCCUAGUAAACACCACCAAAGUCGACGCAGGGUACAGAUAAACGUUUUAGUUUGUUGUAAAAUAAUGGAUUUCCAAAACCGUGCCGGCGGAAAGACCGGCAGUGGCGGUGUCGCCUCCUGGUCGGAGACGAAUCGCGACCGCAAGGAGCGCCUUCGCCAGCUGGCGUUGGAAACUAUCGACUUGAACAAGGAUCCGUACUUUAUGAAGAACCACUUGGGCUCGUACGAGUGCAAACUGUGUCUUACGCUGCAUAAUAACGAGGGAAGCUACCUAGCGCACACUCAAGGCAAGAAACAUCAGGAAAAUUUGGCUCGACGUGCGGCAAAAGAAGCGAAAGAAGCGCCCUCUUCGCUGCUGGCGCCUGAAAAGCCACGCGUGGAACCCAAGAAGUUUGUAAAAAUCGGACGUCCUGGCUACCGGGUGACGAAACAACGCGAACCGAGCAAUGGGCAGCAGUCACUGCUUUUCCAAAUUGACUAUCCAGAAAUUACCGAUGUCAUUGUGCCGCGCCAUCGUUUUAUGUCCGCCUACGAGCAGAAGAUCGAGCCUCCAGAUCGUAAAUGGCAGUAUUUGCUUUUUGCGGCAGAGCCCUACGAAACCAUUGGGUUCAAGGUGCCAUCACGAGAAGUGGAAAAAACAGAGGGCAAGUUCUGGACGCAUUGGAAUCGCGAUACCAAACAAUUCUUUUUACAAUUUGCAUUUAAAUUCGAACCGAAAAUACUGCCACCACCACCUCCGAAUUUGCACCGUGCGCUCGGUCCACCUGCUGGAUUCCCUAUGCCAGGACCACCGCGACCGGCCAUGCAUCCAAUGUUCAAUGGAGUGCCGCCCCCGCCUCCCAUGUAAACUUGGUACAUGCAAGCAAAAUUUUGUAUUUGGCAUUCAAUUAAUAAAACAUUUUGCAACAACACA